CACCAGGUUUGCAACCACAGCAAUAUGUAGCCACAGUAACACACUGCCAUCUGGUGGCCGCUGCGCUGUUUGCAGCCGGUGGGCGGAGCUGAACACGUGGACUGGACAUUGCUCUGCCCCUUUGUUGUGUUUCACUUUGAGGAAGUAAAGCUGAGAUGGUCCAUGAGGAGUUGACGGUCCGUUUAAAUGACAAGGAGUACAAGAACUGGCUGAAAGCAGGACGCUGCUUGGUCAUCCUGAAGGAUGGCCUGCUUCCGUUCAUCGACCAUCAGAUGAGAGCUUUCCACGGAGAUCUGCUCAACCAGUACACUAUUCUGCGGAGACCAUGCGAGACCUCUUUUUGUAAACCCAGGGGGAAUAAGCUUGUCUCGGCAUGCAGGGUGUGUUCAGAGUGGCAGAAAGUGAUCCUGAGACACCACAGACAGCCCGAUGUCACCAUCCACUGGACAAACUGUUUUCCCCCUUACUGGAGAUCGGACCACUGGGAGCUGGCCAAGGCGUACAUGCCACGAGGUCAGGCUAAAGUGAAGGGGGGCGAUCAGUGUGACGCAUCUGCUCUCCUCAACCUGAUCAACUACUGCAAAUGUUUCUGCUCUGUGGACCCAAAGCUGGUGAGACAGGUGAUUCAAUGCAGGAACGAACUGAUGCACUCCUGUGAGUUUCGGGUGAAGGAUGACUGGAUGAGGCACUACAGAACCGCUCUGAAACACUUUGUGCAGCAGCUGAGCAGCGUACCCCACAUGGCAGCCGUGGGGAAACAAAUCGAACAAAUGCUGACUGUUGAGCUUUCGAUAUGUGUGUUUGGUGUUGACCAAAUGGACUCUGCCGGCCCUUUGGCUGGUUUAGAUCCGGAUUCUGUCAGUGAGCAAGAAACGAGUGCUGAGUUAGUCAGCCAGUGGGAAGCUGAGCUGCUGCAGGAGGUGUUGCUAGAGUGUCUCCAUGCUGCUAAUGAGGAAGAUGAGGAAGCAACGACACAUGACACUGAACAGCUGAAAAAACUGCAGGGCUUCCUCCAGGCUAACAAAGACCUAGGUGAGAGGUUUGCUACAGAGCUUCAAGCUAUCGGCUCUCUGGAGGUCAAAGGAGAAGAAGAUGAUUAAAAGAAAACGAAGAGUCUAUUAUUCACUCUGUAUGUAUUUAGUACUUGAAAUGGGGAAUAGUGAGAAUUCAAGUAAAUAAACAAUUGUACCUAGA